AUGGCCGGUCCGCCAAACCCAUUUGCUGGCCUUGGCCAGAAAGACGGCACAACGGGAACAGCAGGUCGUGGGCGUGGUGGUACACUUGGGCGUUCGACGCCUUAUCAAGCAAGAAAUGGAAAUGUGCCCCACAAUCCCAGAGCCCGUGGUCGCGGACGCGGAGCAAUGACGGCUCCCAGGGCUACUCGUGGCCACGGCCGUGGGGGUGGUGCUGUGGGAAACAGCUGGCGCAAACCCGACUCGAACGGUGGUCCAUCCACAAAUGUGGCUUCGCCUUUCGCUCAAUUGAAACAGACCGGGAACCAACCCUCUCCAUCGCCCUUCGCUGGGAAGACUGCUCCGCAAAAACCUUCUUUUCCCGGGUUCGGGAAAGCGCCGUCAUUUGGGGGCCCUUCCACUUUCGAUGGGACCCAGGUCGAUUCAAGCCGUGAUCCCCGGAAGCGGCCUUCCUCAAUACGGCCAAACAGAGCGACCAUGUCCAGUGUACCUGUCGAAGAUGUGACUGUUUCAAACAACUACAACGAUCGUUACGAACAGCUCAAACUCGAUAGGGCUAAACAGAGAGAAAAAGCAAUCAGGGAAGGACAAAUGGCGGAUCCAAACCAACCAACUUCUUUGAACCAGGCCAUCACACCUGUGGGAACAUGUACUAGCAUGUGUCCGGAGUUUGAACGCGUUGAGCGCAUCGUUCAGAAGAUGGUUGAUAAGAGUGAAAAGUUGCUUCAUCCUUCAACAAAUUCGUUGCAGAACCUUGAAACCAAAAUGCUCAAACGUUUCCGAAGGUCGGCUGCUGGCUAUGACGAGCAACUUCCAUCCGAUAUUCGAACGCCAAAGACCCUUCUCCAGACCAUGAACUACUUAAUCCGUCAUGUACUCGGCGGACCCGAGCCCCUGGGGCUGAUUCAUAAGUUCGUUUGGGAUCGAACUCGAUCGAUUCGCAAUGACUUCUCAGUCCAACAGCUCACCCAGGAAGACCAUGUGAAGAUGGCAGUCACUUGUCUUGAGAGAAUUGCCCGUUUUCACAUUGUAUCACUCCACCUGCUUUCUAGCCCUGCCAACGAAGAACCGUUCGAUCAUCACCAGGAACGUGAACAGCUCAACAAUACGAUGUUGUCGCUAAUGUACUAUUAUGACGACAAUCGAAGCCGUAUUAUGUUUCCAAACGAAGAUGAAUUCCGCGCGUAUUAUAUUAUCUUUUCUAUUCUCGAUCAGCGGCCUGAUUUGGAAGCGCGUGUCCAAAAGUGGCCAGCUGAGCUACGCAAUUCUCCGCGAGUGCAAUUAGCACUGGAACUAUUGGCUACUGCUGGUAAUGGGUGGGAGUAUCAGGGGACUCUCGACUCUAAAAGGCAGAAUGCAAUUGCACAGGGCUUUUAUGAGCGCUUUUUUAGUCUGGUGGACUCUCCAGCUGUUUCAUAUUUAAUGGCCUGUGUUGCAGAGAUCUACUUCAACAACGUGCGAUUGACUGCUAUCCGCUCGAUUUGGAAGGGGUAUUGCCGAUAUCCGUCUUCUCAGCAACAUAAAAACGAAGAAUGGACUGUAGAUGAGUUAACGAGGGUGCUAUACUUUGACGACACUGAACAGACUAUCAAAUUUUGCGAAGAACAGGACUUGGAAUUUGCUGAAAACGCAAAUGGCGACCUAUAUUUGAACUGGGGGAGCCGUAACAUUGACUCAGUCGAGUUCCGAAGAACAUCAGACCAUACAUUCUCAGAGACGUAUGUCGAGUCAAAGCGUGCAGGCCGCACGUUGGUCGCAAUAAUUCUUGGCUUGAAUAUCAAGCAAGCAGCGCAGUUAGGGAUGGUUGACAGUUCGGUUCUACAAGAGCUCCCUAUGGCUUUGUCUGCAGCAACGGGGGAUUCUGCAGACGACGAUGCACUCUUCGUCAGCGACGACGAUAACGAGACACCACAACCAAAUGGGGACUUUGCGCAGGAUUUGCUAACAUCCGCAGAUAGUCUUCGCGGGGGUUUUGAGGAAUCUGCACAAACAUCAACAAGUGCUGAGCCGACGCAAACAGCAGGCGUAUUCUCCCAGACGCCUAGUAUGUUCCAGCCGUCUGAGGGUUCUAAGUCACUCUCCUCAUUAUUCGCACCUGGCCCCUCGGCUAGCGCUCUCACAGAAUCGGCGCCGUCUAACCCAUUUGCAGGCCUGUCUUCUCUCGCACCCUCGAAGACACCUGAGACAAACAACAGCAGUUCUCCAUUCUCCUUUGGGCCAAACACUUCGCAGUCCACUUCCAUUUUUACCGCGGCACCGGGUCCGGCGAAGCAGCAAGAGAAAUCCGAUGCGCCUAAAGCUGUCUCCGCGGCACCUGCCUCCAAAUUCCCUAGUCUAUUUCAACCCAGUACGACGCCGGCCAACUCACCUUUUAGUUUUCCGACAACCUCAUCUAAUGCCAAACCCCAUCAAGCUGCUGAGUUAACUGCUGGUCAGUCUUGCAGUAUAUUCGAUACCGCCAAUGUACCAACCCCUUCCGGCGCGCCUAGCACCAUGUUCAAUACUGCUGCUCCAAGCACUGUUCCUAGCGAUACAGGGAGCUCGGCCCAGACAAGUUCUCCGAAGAUCACACAGGGACCCUUUGCGCAGCCCUCAACAGCCUUUAGGGCCCCGUUUGUGCCAGAGAAUAACGAGAUUCCCAAACCCUCAUUUUCCGAGUCACCCUUUGCGCAGCCGAGUUCCAUUCUUGAGAAGCCCACAGAUAACAGUGCAGGGCAAGAGCACCCUGCAAAAUAUGAGGCACCUACAUUCACAGAGAUGACAACUGAGGAGCCUGCAUCGAACGACGGGCUUUCUUCGUUACACAAUAAUGACACUGCCCAGCAGCAGCAGCAGGAUAUGGAUUCAUCAUCACUAGAAGAAAACAAACCAGCCGAACCUACAGUCCCUACAACAUCUGUCAUGCCGGAAAAUCUAAAUCCCACACCUCCUUUGCCUACAGAGCUUACAGAGCAAACUGUGGAUGAGGCGACUUCUGUCGCUCCCGAUGUGAACGACCGACGUUUAGCUUGGAUAGAAACUUUAAGAGAAGCAGCCGAUAAGCGACGGAGGACCUCUUCCACAAGUCGCAAGCGAGUCCAUGAAGACCCAGAAGAAGAAUUGCCAGUAGAAACCGGCUCUAAGGCCGCGAAAUUACCGAAAGCCGAGACCCCUGCUUUACAUAAAAAGUCCAUGGCGCUUUCCUCUAUCAAACCUCUACCGAAGCUUCCUAUCCUCGAACAAAUCGAGUCAAUGACGCGGAAGCCGGCAGCCGAACCCAAACCAGAGCCUCCAAAGCCUAGUCAAGUCGACGAAGAUGAACUCCUCCUCUCUGCUGCCCGCAUAGCCGCUGAAUCUCUCAGGAGCGGUCCAAGACUUAUCAACAGCUGGUCUACGAGGUCAUCUGAACCUCGGCGCUCGUCUUUCAGCCCUCGAAGCAGUUUCUCUUCGUCAUAUUCUUUCUCCCGGAGUCAGUCGCCCCAAUCGCUUGUGAACGGAUAUGACCUUGCACUUGCCCCUGACAACGAUCUCGGAUUGGGCCGCACAUUGUCUCGCACGGAACAAAGACUUCGCAUGACGGGUGGCAAAGGGUUGGCCUAUAAGCCACUGGAUUUUACCCCUAGAAAGAAACGAAAAUCUAAAUAA